AUGGAUACGCUCGUUGCGCAGUACACGCAACCACAGUUUGCACGCGAGGGGUACAACUAUGAAGAGCAGCAAGACUAUGCGUCUUCGUUACCACCGCUCUCUCUGAAGUUCGCCAUGCCACCCGUACCGAAACCUGCUGCUUUCCUCCGUGCUGCCACCGAUGACUACUCCAAUCCUAAUUGCCCCAUCAAGAUCGCUCAUGGAACCACGACACUCGCUUUCAGAUUCAAGGGUGGCAUCAUCGUAGCUACCGAUUCAAGAGCCACAGCCGGCAACUGGAUUGCGUCACAGACCGUCAAAAAGGUCAUCGAGAUCAACCCUAUGUUGCUCGGUACUAUGGCUGGCGGCGCCGCCGAUUGCCAAUACUGGCUCGCAUAUCUCGGAAUCCAGUGUCGCCUGCACGAGCUUCGACAGAAGCGCCGCAUCUCUGUCGCUGCCGCAUCCAAGAUUCUCUCCAACCUCGUCUACUCCUACAAAGGCAUGGGUCUCUCAAUGGGUACCAUGAUCACUGGUGUCACUCCACAAGAAGGGCCUGCACUCUACUACAUUGAUUCCGAUGGCACUCGGCUUUCGGGCAACCUCUUCUGUGUCGGAUCUGGUCAAACAUUUGCGUACGGUGUGCUAGAUGCUCAAUACAAAUACGACUUGGAGGAUGACGAGGCUCUGGAGCUAGGCCGAAGGAGUAUUUUGGCGGCCACCCACCGAGAUGCUUUCUCAGGUGGCUACAUCAACCUCUAUCAUGUCAAGGAGGACGGCUGGGUCAAGCAUGGUUUCUUCGACACAAACCCCAUCUUUUGGCAGACGAAGCUGGAGAAGGGCGAGUUCUCAAACGUUACCAGUGAGCUGUAA